CUGUCUUGCGCAGAAGCGACGUGAGAGUGUGAGCCAGCCAUGGCGACGGUGGUAGAGAAAUCGACGAAAGAGCGGCUGCUCUCUGCGUUGGAUGAUUUGGAGGUCUUAUCCCGGGAGCUGAUCGAGAUGCUGGCUCUGUCCCGGACGCAGAAGCUGCCGCAGCCGGGAGAGGACAGCCAGAUCCUGGAGCUGCUGGUGCAGAGGGACCGGGAGUACCAGGAGCUGAUGGAGACGGCCCGGCAGCAGGGGGAGGUGCACCAGGAGAUGGAGCAGCUGGAGAAGGAGGUGGAGAAGAGGGACAGCGACAUCCAGCAGCUCCAGAAACAGCUCAAGGAGGCCGAACACAUCCUGGCUACAGCUGUUUACCAGGCGAAAGAGAAACUCAAAUCCAUCGACAAAGCUCGGAAAGGGAGCAUCUCGUCAGAGGAAAUCAUCAAGUACGCUCACAGGAUCAGCGCCAGCAACGCAGUGUGCGCGCCGCUCAACUGGGUCCCAGGGGACCCACGCAGACCGUACCCCACUGACCUGGAGAUGCGCAGCGGCAUGCUGGGUCACAUGGCCAACCUGCCGACCAAUGGCGUGAACGGACACCUGCCCGGUGACGCGCUGGCUGCUGGGAGGUUGCCAGACGUCCUGACCCCCCACUACCCCUGGCAGUCCUCGGACGUCUCCGUGGGGAUGCUGCCUCCUCACCAUGGCAACGACUUCGGCCUGGAGCCCCCGGGUCACAACAAGGAGAACGAGGACGACGUGGAGGCCAUGUCCACCGACUCGUCCAGCAGCAGCAGCGACUGA